AGUUCGUCCCGUACAGUACAUAGUCCAGACCCGACCGAUAAAAAAAAGUCCAGACCCGACCGGCGCCGCCGCAGCAGCGAGAAGAUCCUCCGACGGCCUCGUCGGCUCGCCGCACCCUCCUCCCCGUCGCCGCGGGUGGCGGCUGCUUCCCAGUGACGAGCGAGCCCUCGCAUCAUCCGCUCCCGGGAGCGUCGCCGCCGUCCUUCCCGGGGACGGUGACUCGCGCAGCGGCGGAGCGGGAGGAGGCACCCGCUGCUCUGGUACUGAUUUGACAGAACACCGGUGGCGGUCAACCACCAUGACGAAAAGAAGCCACACGACCGUCCUUGACGACCUGCCGAGUAGAUUGUCAUUGAAGAGAUCCUAGUCCGGUUGCCCCCAAAGGACGUCCUUCGCUGCCGCGCUGUCCGCAAGCUGUGGCACAGUGCCACCUCCACCAACAAGUUCGUGCUCGACAAUCAUUGCCGCCAGCCCUCGCUCCCUGUCAUCAGACAGUGUAUCCCUGGGCGGGAAGGAGUCGGGUUCGUUGUCUUCCGUGACAAUGGUGCCAUGGCCUCCAAUCAAAAGCUCUCACCAAUCAUUCGACACUCUAAGUUAAUUAAACUCAUGGGUGCCUGUGAUGGCCUUCUUAUCUUGUCCAGCGGAUCUUAUUUCUGGAUCUGCAACCCAGCCACUCGCAAAUGUGCUCCACUACCACAACCCCGAGUUCAAUCUUCAUCGCCAUGGGGUUCCGACUUCUACAUAGCCGGAUUCUACCGGCACCAACCAUCUGGGGAAUACCGGGUGCUCUGGUUCUCAUAUGUCUGCCACCGUGGCUACGUUCUCACGGUAGGAUCUGACAAGCCGAGAAGCAUCAGUCGGCCGUCAGUGUCAUCGCGUUUGCCAAGAUAUAGUUGUCAAGAUGCUUUUGAUUCCUGCUAUAGUUCACAACUCAAUCACCGCGGCAACCUGCACUGGUUAACAGGAAUCUACAUGGAGACUCCUGUGGGCAUUAUGGUGUUCGACACAGUAACUGAGACGUUCCGGUGGAUGCGCAGUCCUGACCAGCUGGGCUGUCGUUUGUCGUUGUUGGAGAUGGACGACAAGCUUGCUUCAUGCAGCAGCAGUAAUGCUACCAUAGAGAUUUGGGUUAUGCAAGACUAUGAUGCUGAGGACUGGGCCUUGAAGUACCGGAUUAACUUGUUAGCGAUGAAGACGUCACCACAGUUUGGUUUAAGUGUGAGAUUUAUUUCUAAGAUGGCGCUGCUUAACCAGCGUGAGCUGCUGACCUGUUCGUGUACUGGCCCACAGGGUCCUGACUUUCUGUUGCAUUGUGACAUCGAUGGAAUGUUUUUGGGUUAUGUCGAAAUCAAAGAGGCCAAGCAUCCAGUAUACUUCACUAAUCAGUACAUCCAGGAGAGCCUGAUUCCACUUCCGUUCAGUGAGAUGCAAGAAGAAAGAUUUGUGUAUACGGAGCCUCCAUUGUCCGUAGGGCUAUAAGGUGGUACUUCUAGUUUACCAUGUAUACCUUCGGAGUGUCCAUCCUUUAUGAGCAUGAUCCUAGUCCUUACUUCAUAGUACUAGUAGAACUGAACAAUUUAUAUGGCUUUGCUAUCACUUGGUGCCUUUUGUGCUGCCUUGAGCGUCA